CCAACUCAUUCUUUUUGAAGGAAUUGGCUAUUCAAACUGCGAACAAUGUCAGAUCCAGUUUACGGACAAGGCGUCGAACCCGACAACGUCUGGCCCGCUCGUGAUACCGAAUUCAAGCCUGAUUCAGAUGUCGGCUCCAAACCAACGCACGUCCAAGGCGACCCACCCGCCGCCAACGUCCGCCGUUCCGGCAAAGGAGAAUACGUCGGGAUGGACUCCCAUACUCCCGCAGACGACGACGACUAUGACAAUAUUGGAAGAAGCGGUGGAGCGGCUAACGUUGAAGGCGACAGCCUUGGUGCUGGGGAACCGGGACGAGUGAGAGGAGGGUAUAAAGCGACUUUGUCGAACCCGAGGGUUUCGAAAGAGGCGAAGGAGCAUGCGAAAGAGGUCUUGGAGAAGAAUGAAUUUUAAAUGUGAAUUAACUGAAACAGUCACCUUGUAAUGGAAUCUUCGUUAAUGUGCUUCA